CCACAAAAGAAAAACACACAAUAUCCAAAAACAAAAACAAAAAAAAAACAAAGGAAGAAAAGAAAAAAAACACUACACCAAAAAAACAAAAAAAAGAAAGAAAAACACAAAUCUCCUUUUCUCUAAAAUUAAAGAUCCAAUGGGGUUAGUAGCAAUAAUAGCAAUAUUAGUUGCAAGUUUGCAACUAAAUUGGGUAAAUGGGGCAACUACAUCUAAAGUGCCUUGUAUGUUCAUAUUUGGAGAUUCAUUAUCAGAUAGUGGCAAUAACAAUAACCUUAUAACAACGGCGAAGUGUAAUUUCCCACCUUAUGGAAUUGAUUUUCCCGAUGGCCCCACAGGAAGAUUUACUAAUGGCAGAACCACUGUUGAUCUUAUUGGUGAUCAUCUUGGUAUGAAGCACUAUAUCAAACCCUUUGCAAGUAUACCCGAUAGUGAAAUUAUGGAUGGUGUAAAUUAUGCGUCUGGUUCGGCAGGAAUUCUUGACGAAACAGGCUUUCAAGUGGGGGACCGAGUUUGUAUGAACAAGCAAGUGAAGAAUCACAAACGAAUAGUAUCCAAAAUUACGGACAAACUCGGCAGUAAAAAUGCUGGUACUCACCUCGGGAAAUGCAUCUACUCAGUUUAUGUUGGGAGCAACGACUGGAUGUUUAACUAUUUCAUUCGGCCGGACGUUAUGGCAACACGCUUGGUUCCCCAAAACUAUGCUAAUGAGCUCAUUAAAGAGUUAACUGAGCAAUUAGAUACUAUUGUUAGUUUGGGAGCUAAGAAGGUGGUAAUAUUUGGACUGUCACCACUUGGUUGUAUGCCAAUGCUUAAUUUGAUUCAGACUUGCUCCCCUUUCAUCAACGAUGUCCUCAAGUCAUAUAACAACCAGCUAAAAUCACUAGUUUCGAAAUAUAACAGCAAAAGUUCAAAGGUGAAAUUCAUAUACAUAAACACUAUGGAUAUUAUCAACCCAAAUAAUCUUCAAAACCUAGUGAGUUCAGGGUUGAAGAUCACAAAUCAACCAUGUUGUGGAAUGGCAGCAGAAUGUAUCCCAUUUAGUCCACCAUGUGGUAAUAGAAAGGAAAGAGCCUAUUGGGAUGAUGAGCAUCCUACUGAAGAGGCCAAUAAGGUUUUGGCUGCAAGAGCUUUCAAAGCAAAAAGAAAUACAGACACUUAUCCUAUGGACAUAAAUGCCCUUGCUCGCCUCUAAAACCAGGCCAUACACAUUCAACUGCCAAACGCCAAGCCAAACCGGACGACUAUUGAAUUAAUGCUGUGGUUGCGCUUGUUAUUUUCGACUCAUCGACUCGUGCACGGUGCACAUGCCUUUCAAUAACAGCUCCAAUUUUUCUGAGUCAUGAAGAAAAAUAAGAAAUAUGGCACAAUAAUUGGUUUAAUCCAAUUAGUCCUAAUUCGAAUUCGAAUUCGCAAUGAAUCGUUUCCCAUUUUGUGAACCAACGAAACAAUUGUAAACUUGUAACCAAAAUUUUACAUUUUUGCAUAAUGUAAUGGGAAGAUAGCUGCUUUGAUCAAAUUUCUUGAUUCGAUCUUUUCGCAUU